AUGAAAUGUGAUGAAAUCAAACCUGUCUGUACUCCUUGUGCGAAGGGAAACCGUCCAUGUGUCUACGGCCCCUUGCCUUCAGAGAUAGACACAGGCGCAGAGAACAGCCAUCCACGGCACAAUUCGACAGCAUCCGUUACGACGAGCGUGGGCGCUCCGUCACCCAUAACUCAAAGAUCCCGUCCGAGCAUAUCCUCUGCUUCGGACAUAGCUCCACCACCACCGAAACGAGCAAGCUUAUCCACCGGGACAGAGACGAGGUCAACGUCCAAGCAAUGGCCAGUCACCCCAAUCGAUGACGGCCUUCAAAUCACCAGCCCCCAAAGCAGCUACUCCAACUCCACGGGGUAUGGCACAGAGGUCGCACCACUGAGAUGGUUUGGGCUUCUGGCCGGAGACGCGGCACAUGCGAGCUUGGAUAUUCCCUCUCUCGAGACUCUUAGCGAUGCCGCCCUCGCACGACGCUAUGAGAUCCAUCGAGAGGGAGUUUCGACCCAGGACAUAGUGCAUCGCCCUGCGAGCCAACCAAAUGGCACAUUCGCCGAAGCCGUAGCUCUGCAAAAUCCGUCCAAGUUGCUUCAGAUCUCCGCCAUCUCGCCAGCGCCCUUGAAUGGAGCCAAUGGCGCGACAGACGAGCGACAGUUCUGGCAGGCUCUUGAGCCUCUUCAGCUGAAGGGCCACGAGUAUGACAUGUUCGAACGCUUCGUCAAUGGCGUGAGCUCGUGGAUCGAUCUCUUCGACCCCAUGAAGCAUUUCGCCACUUUCGUACCUCAUCUUGCAUUGCAGAAUGAAGGGCUGAUGAAGGCUAUCCUCGCACUGGGAGCCAGACAUCUAUCGAUCAAGCCGUUGAACAGCGGCGAGGCCAGCAUCGACCGCACAGCUGCAGUGCAGUAUUAUUAUGAGACACUGCAAUACUUGCAGACGGCGAUGCGCUUCACUUCGUACAAGAACAGUUUGGAACUACUCGCAACAGUGCUAAUCGUCAGCAAGUACGAAAUGAUAGAUGGUGCUGGCAAUGGCUGGGAACGACAUCUGAAAGGUGUGUUCUGGAUCCAAAGAAGUCGCGAAAUCAAUGGUGAGUCCGGCGGCCUUGAACAAGCCAUAUGGUGGGCCUGGCUACGGCAGGAUGUCUGGGCUGCUUUCCGUGAACACAGACGUUGCUUCAGCUUCUUCAAACCUACGAAGUCUUACCAAGCCAUGAGUAUGUGGGACAUGGCUUCUAAGGUCAUUUACAUCCUGGCGCAGGCGGUCAACUACGCCUCCGUGGAAGAGAAGGUGUCAGGAGAGCGAGACUUGCCGAGUCGCAUCCUACGAGCCAACACACUCCUCAACAUGCUCGACGAGUGGCGGACCAACAUCAGCUUCCAUUUCGACCCUCUUCCCGUCGAGGGACCUUCGAACAGAGCCUUCAGGCCUCUCUGGAUCAACCCACCUGCCUUCGGCACCUCCCUCCAAAUGUACUGCAUGGCUCGCAUCCUCCUCCUCAUCCACCAGCCUGCCGCGAACGGGUACCUAGAAUACAUGGGCCGAGACAGGAUCAUUACCGACUGCAUCGAUACAAUCGGCGGCAUCGCAUUGAAGCUGAGCGACGACGCUGCGCGGUUCAUGUCCACGCAGUGCUUGUUUGCUGCGGGUCUGUUCUGUAACGACGAGGCGAAGCGGGCGUGCAUUGCUGAGCUGAUUCAAGACCAUCAGGCACAUACUGGAUGGCCUGUCAACGCCAAUCUCGCUGAAGAGUUGCAUGAAGAGUGGGCAAAACAAACACCUGGCUAG